CAACCUUCUUCGGACCCCACACACUUAUGGUGAAACCUUUUUGAAACUCUCACGCAGCGGCAGCAUUAGUCCACCGAGCACUCUUUGAAGAAAAAAAAAAACCUCAAUGGGCCAAUUGUGAAAACCCAAAUCACACAUGUCAAUGCACACAUCAUAUCAUCAUCAUCCAAAAAAGAUCCAUUUUCUUCUCAAAUUUCUCACCCAUUAGGUCUCUGUCUCUAUAUAUAUUCACAAUGGCCGCACUUAGAGUUUCUUCAGCAUUAGCUUCUUCUUCUACUUCUUGUUCAUCAUCAUCAUCUUCAUCUUUUCAUUGUUACCCUUCUAUUUUCACCAAAUUACAAUCUAGUCCCUUUUGGUCUCUUUCAAUUUCAGUUACACCCUUGUAUUCAAGAAAAGCUAAAAGAAUGGCUCAUUCUAUUGCAUAUGCUACUCUUGGUCUCACUCAACCUAAUCCAAGCGAUGCCCCUAAGAUUUCAUUUGCUGCUAAAGAGAUUGAUCUGGUCGAAUGGAAAGGAGACAUACUUGCAGUAGGUGCCACAGAGAAGGACGUGGCUAGAGACGAGUGUUCUAAGUUCAAGAAUCCACUAUUGCAAAAGCUAGAUUCCAAAUUGAGUGGUUUAUUGUCUGAGGCUUCAUUCGAGGAGGAUUUUAGUGGAAAGUCUGGACAAUCCACAGUUCUGAGGCUUCCUGGUCUUGGCUCGAAAAGGAUUGCGUUAGUUGGGCUUGGCUCAUUGACAUCAUCAACUACUGCUUAUCGCAGUUUAGGGGAGGCUGCAGCUGCAGCUGCCAAGUCUGCUCAGGCUAGUAAUAUUGCCGUUGCACUUGCUUCUACUGAUGGGCUCUCCAUAGAAUCGAAGCUUAGCUCUGCCUCUGCCAUAACAACUGGAGCUUUACUAGGGAUAUUUGAAGAUAAUAGAUUUAAGUCUGAGUCGAAGAAGCCAACGUUGAAAUCUUUGGAUAUUCUUGGACUGGGAACUGGAACUGAGAUAGAGAAGAAAAUCAAGCAUGCAGCAGAUGUCUGUGCAGGUGUUAUACUCGGUAGAGAACUCGUCAAUGCACCCGCCAAUGUACUUACGCCUGCGGUACUUGCUGAAGAGGCCAAAAAGAUUGCGUCCACUUAUAACGAUGUCUUGUCUGCAAACAUCUUGGACGUUGAGCAGUGCACAAAAUUGAAAAUGGGAUCCUAUUUAGCUGUUGCUGCAGCAUCUGCAAAUCCUGCUCAUUUCAUCCAUUUGUGUUAUAAGCCGUCUAGUGGGGAAAUCAAAAAGAAGAUAGCCUUGGUUGGAAAGGGAUUAACUUUUGACAGUGGUGGCUACAACAUCAAAACUGGACCUGGUUGUUCGAUUGAACUAAUGAAGUUUGACAUGGGAGGGGCUGCAGCUGUUUUAGGUGCAGCAAAAGCUCUUGGUCAAAUAAAGCCUUCUGGGGUAGAGGUGCAUUUCAUUGUUGCCGCUUGUGAAAAUAUGAUCAGUGGAACAGGCAUGAGACCUGGAGACAUCAUCACAGCUUCAAAUGGGAAGACAAUUGAGGUUAACAACACCGAUGCUGAGGGUAGGCUCACACUUGCCGAUGCUUUGGUAUAUGCCUGUAACCAAGGUGCAGAAAAGAUAGUUGAUCUGGCAACGUUAACUGGUGCUUGUGUAGUUGCUCUUGGACCUUCAAUUGCUGGUAUUUUUACUCCUAGCGACGACCUAGCAAAGGAGGUUGUUGCAGCUUCCGAGGUAAGUGGUGAAAAGCUAUGGAGGAUGCCUAUGGAGGAGAGUUACUGGGACAAUAUGAAAUCAGGAGUGGCCGAUAUGGUGAACACUGGAGGUCGUCAAGGUGGUGCAAUUACUGCUGCUCUCUUCCUCAAGCAGUUUGUUGACGAGAAGGUCCAAUGGAUGCAUAUCGACUUAGCUGGUCCUGUCUGGAGCGAUAAAAAGAAAAAUGCCACAGGGUUUGGUGUUUCAACUUUGGUGGAAUGGGUGCUGAAGAACUCUACAAACUAAAGCCAGUCAAGACGUCGCAUCGUUGCUAAACAUAUGAGGUUGUUUUAUCUCAAGGGACUGAUGAUGUUUUGAGUAAAGAAAUGCAUCAAGUUUUAUGAAUAAAUUUGGGGUGAAAAUGGUGGAAGAAAAGUAAAGGCAAUAGUUGGGGCAUUUUGAUCUUCUUAGACAGAUUGGAGUAUACUGUAGCUUCUUUCUUGUUUUCUUGAUUUAUAAAAUGCCUAAAAUUGCCUUUUGGAAUGAAAUUUAUUGUUUCUCUUA